AUCGCCCCAUCGUUCAUCUACCUUCAACCGCCUAUCUAAUCUACAAUCACUCCAGCAGACAUCCGCCCCUUCACUCAAUCACCAUUCCGAUUCAGCCCUCUCUCUGCUGAUUACCCACCUCAAUACAUCCAACUCUCUUACCAUCGCGCAAUCCGAUACUUGCAACCAGCAACCAUCGCGACCGGCGUCCUUUUUUUUUUUUUCCCUGUGGUGCUUAGAAAGCCCUCCAAUACCGGCUUGGGCCUUCCUUCCCCUUCUUCUAUCCCUUCUAUCUACGUCCUUUGUUUCAAUUGCCACGAAUUAGGACACAUUGCCACAAAGAGCUCUGCUCCUUCCCGUCCCACUCUUCCACCCCACGUCGCCUCUCUCAAUUGGACAUCAUCCAAUCUCACAGCACUUAUUCGCGUCAUGGGCCUGUGUCUAUCUGCCGAGGAAAAAGAGCAGAAAGAGGUCAGCCAGACCAUUGACCGGGGUCUAGAGGAGGAUAACCGGCGACUCAAGAAGGAAUGCAAGAUCUUGCUACUAGGCAGUGGAGAGUCUGGCAAGUCGACGAUUGUGAAGCAGAUGAAGGUCAUCCAUCAAGGCGGAUACAGCACAGAGGAAUUAGCGACUUACAAAUUGACGGUGUACAAGAAUUUGGUCGAUUCUGCACAGUCGCUGGUGCUCGCCAUGGAGAAGCUGCGAUUGGAGCCCGCAUUAGCCGAAAACAGGGCCAAUGCCGACCGCGUUCUGGAUUAUCGAGUAGAGGCCGACCCUUAUUUCACUCUCAGUCCCGAUAUCGUCAAUGCAAUCGACUCUCUCUAUCAUGACCCCAUCACGGCGACAUGCAUGGAACGGUCGAGCGAGUUUUAUAUCAUGGAUUCUGCACCCUACUUCUUCAGUCAAGUGCGGCGCCUAGGUGCAGAGGAUUACACACCCAGUGUGCAGGAUGUGUUACGAGCACGGUCCAAGACAACGGGUAUCUCAGAAACGAGAUUCAACAUGGGACAACUCAGCAUACAUAUGUUUGAUGUGGGAGGUCAGCGCUCAGAACGAAAGAAAUGGAUUCAUUGUUUCGAAGCCGUUACCUCCAUCAUCUUUUGUGUGGCCUUGAGCGAAUACGACCAAGUGCUUCUGGAAGAAUCAGGACAGAACCGGAUGGCAGAGAGCCUUGUGCUUUUUGAGUCCGUCAUCAACAGUCGCUGGUUCCUGCGGACUUCGAUUAUUCUAUUCAUGAACAAGAUCGAUUUGUUCGCAGCAAAGCUUCCUAAAGUACCGCUGGAGAGAUACUUUUCAGAUUACACGGGCGGUUCUGAUAUCAGCAAAGCAGCCAAAUACAUUCUUUGGCGCUUCACACAAACGAAUCGAGCGCGUCUCCACAUAUACCCACACAUGACGCAGGCUACGGAUACGUUGAAUAUUCGGCUCGUAUUUGCGGCUGUCAAGGAGACCAUCUUACAGAAUGCAUUGAAGGACAGCGGCAUUCUGUAACAAGGCUGCAGGAGAUUGGGGCAGCUCUAUUUCGAUCAUCGAAGGAUUGGCUUGUUUUCAUCGACAGGAAGAGUCGUCUGGCUGUAUGUUUAUCUGCUCGAAAGGCGACCUUUUUUUUCCAUGGCAAAAGUCCUCAGGUCCCAAUGCUCCGCACUGUUAAAAAAAAAAAAAGAAAAAAAAAAAAGAAAGAAGGAAAGAGGUUAAUAUAGCCUAAUUUACUUCUGGAUGCAGCCAAGGAGACAGUCUGCGUUGCGGAGGAUCUCGCGGAGACGUUUUCUUUAUUAUUCUGGAUACUAGCAACCGAUUUGCUCUUGGUAGUUGGGUGGAUGGCUCGCUAGGACAAGGGAAGGGGUGGAAA